AUGAAUCCAUUGAACUUCCAGAUCCCUCGUCGACGCGGUAAUGACACUAUCUCACCAUUCCCAAAGAGACGCCGCACUGAAGCCAAUGAUCAACUCUUAAAUACAGCAAGUUUAUUCGACAAACUCAAAAAAGAACCUCUAUUGGAAGACGUUUGGGCCAAAGAAGAACGAGCUCUUGAAGAAUUGAAUGAAAAUAGUGAAGAAAGUCAGCCCAUCGUAGACGUAGCAAGUCAAUUUCUUGACAAGGAAGUGUCAGAGCGCCUAGCAGAGGCACUCUCAAGGAACGACGUUAGCGAUGAUUCAGAACCACCUUCUACUCGAUACUUCUUUACCUUGCCAACAAAAACCUCAAUCGGGGAAUGGCCUAUGGACUCAAGAGAUGGUGCUGGGGUUGCAAAGGCUGAAUUUAUUCACAAAUUGACACAAACUACCCAGGGACGUUCGUUUAUGCUGGAAAGCGGUUGCCUAAAACAUUGGCACAAAAGAGGAUGGGAAUGUCCACGGUCAUUGUACAAGUACCUCUUUGAGAUGGGUAAAUAUAUAAACAUAUAUAUAUUCAUGGGCGUGUUGAUGUGUUCUAACAUGAGAUUUGUGAUAGUUGCUUUUGAACCAAACAAGGUGAAAAUGGAAAGUGAUGUCCAAUACAGCGAUUAUCCAGUUGGGUGUAUUGAGCCUGAAUGGCUUACCAGUAUUUUUGAGGCAUAUGGACGGGCACCUCAAUUAAUCACUAAAUUUGCGUCUAAAACUACACCCACACCUAUAUCUACACCUAUAUCUACACCUGCAUCUACAGUUAGACCUACACCUGAAUUUGAACCCGAACUUAUAUCCAAAUCCAAAGUACCUCAAUCAUCACUUGGAUGGAUCAUUGAGCUAUUCGGAAUUUCAAUCAAACAAUGGCCAUCUGCUUAUCGUGACAAUAUUGAUCAGCUCUUGGGUCUGCUCCUCGACACUUCUCUUGAUCCGACUUCACGGCCAGCUCUUGGAGCUCUUCAGACCACCAUCCAAGGCUGCCUUGAUUUGCUUGAGCAGACGACAUGGAAAAAAACGCUGGCUGAAUUUGAUAUCGAUUAUAAAAAAUACAGCGAGUAUCAGCUUCUAUAUUGUAUCCAGGCCAUUCCUCCUACAAACAAAAGAGGUGUAUUCUUUCAACAAUGCCUGGCUGCAAAGGGACUUGGGCUAUCAAGGGAUCAUGAUAAACUUGAGGAUGUACUCAAGCUUAUCAAUGAUCCCGACGGUAUGUUUAGUUCUAGCCAACCAGACUACUCUUUGUUGGCUAUAAAGAUCCGUUUGUUGGAUAUAUUUAUUGGUAGUGAUGAAGAUGAACUGGAUCUUGAAAAGGACACGGUACAGUCAUUAAUCCAAAGCCUACAGCUAUUGAGUAGAAAGAUAGGUGGUCGAUUGGGAACUCUUAAGCGAACAGUUGCAAAUGAAUGUGCUCAACGACUGUGGAAUAAAUUGGCUUAUACUAUUGGUAGAGAUGAACGGGUUAUUGAGGAUCACCAAUUGUGCCUGUGGUUUGGUGGAACAUUGGGAUGUCAAACCAUUCAGGACAAUAUCUAUAUAGACAUUAUUUGUCAUAUAAAAAUAAACCUCUCAGUAUUACUUCUUUAA